GUUAUGGCUACAACACUGCCCUCCCUUUCCCUCUCCCUCUCGCCAGGACAGUUACUGCUGAAGCACAUCCUCAAGCCUUUGGUCUGUUGCCCUUCCUUACGGCUCUCGGUGGAAGAGCCCCCCGAUGGCGUCACACUCAGAUUUGAGUCUGUGGGCUCCAGCCUGGGUCAUCCGUCCCCCUUGGAAGUCUUUGCCAAGCUCAAAUCGGUGUUCAAAGUCCUCCACCAACACCUGCUGGACACACCGCUGGGCCGUUGCGAGGGAGAGGAAGGGGAGGAGACCGACCCCAGGCCCGUUUUGGCCGAGGUGCUGGGCAACGUGAUCUGGAAGAAGAUGUCCGACUGCCUCAUUUGCGAUUGCUUGGUGCACUCCAUCCCCAGCAACAGCAGCCAGCUUGCCCAGUACACGGAGGUUAUUACAGCAACAGAAGACUUCGAAAAAGCCUUAAAAGACAUGAACUUCCUUCCGGAGGAUUCCGUGGACUUGCUGACCUAUGCCCGCAACGUGAAUUGCCAUUUUGCCAACAAGAAAUGCCAAGAUGUCAUCAUGGCAGCCAGAAACCUGAUGACCUCAGAAAUACACAACACCGUGAAGGUCAGCCCAGACUCUCUGCCAGCUCUCCCCGCCCUGCCUGCCUCUGGAGCCGGGGACCAGCCAAAGGUGCCGGAAGGAUCCGAGCUGCUUCUCAGGCAGGUGACCAACUUGGAGAACAAGACCAAGCUGAGCCGCCACACCUUUUCCUUCCCCACCUGCCGCAUCAGCGACUCGGUCCAGAGAUUGAUGGCUUUGGCCUAUCAGACGCUCCAGGAAGCCUCUGCCAGCACUGACCAGUGGUGAGAUUCAUCUCCCACCUAGGCUUCUUCCUCCUCCUCCUCUUCCUCUUCCUGUUC